AUGGAUUCGCAAAUCUCAACCUCGAAUGAGAGCCAAUUGGCUGCUAAUAUAGCAGCUGCAGCGCUGCAGGCCACCGAAUCUAUUAUAAUAACCUCCUCACCACCGCCGCCAGUCCGUUCGCAGCCUACAACCGAUACCCAGGGUACCACCGAUUCGCAAGCCACUUCAUAUAACAGUACUGACGACUCGGAUUCGAAUGAGGCUUCCAUUAGUCAAAAUACGGCAUCUCAAGUGAAGAAUAACAAGCGAGGGAGAUCGCUCAAAGAUGAAGAGCUUUCUCUGCUGUUUAAAUGCGCGUUGGACCUCAAACUUGAUUAUAAACCAAAGAGAGAAUAUUGGGAAGCUGUUGAGGAUAGAUUUGUGCGCCUUAUUGGACAUUCUUAUUCGUGGAAAUCGUGCAAAUCUCAUAUCGAGAGGCUCUCUAAGAAACGGCGCUUAUACCUGGCUCAAUACGUUACUGGUAGAGAGGCGGAGGCUACAUCUGAGUUGGACGAGCUUAUCGAUCAAUGGAACGACUUUAUUGACGGAUAUGAGAAAGAUGAGGCUGAGAAGUUGGCAGAAAAAAACAAAUAUAAGGAAAAUUCGCAGUUGGUGCUUGCAUAUCGAGACCAACUGGUCUCAACAGGCUUGCAAAAAUCCAAGAAGCAAGCGCCAGAGGAGCUUAAGCCGUCUGAGGAUGAUACUGGGUCUGAUAAUAGGAAAGUACCAGAUAUCCCUCACGGCCGUCAAAAAAGCGGUCUAUCCAGGAAGCGAUAUUCGCCUUAG